AUGGACGGUGGUUACAAUCAAUCCGGUCAAACUUCUAGAUACUUCCAUAACCUCUUUAGGCCUGAGCUUCACCCCCAGCUUCAACCACAGCCACAGCCUCAGCCUCAGACUCAGCCUCAGACUGAUGAUGAAUCUGACUCCAACAAGGGUCAACCUGAUUCCGACCAGGUUACCUCGGGCUCAACUUCCGGGAAGCGUCCACGUGGACGUCCUCCAGGAUCUAAAAACAAGCCGAAGCCACCGGUGAUUGUGACAAGAGAUAGCCCCAACGUGCUUAGAUCUCAUGUUCUUGAAGUCUCAUCUGGAUCCGACAUAGUUGAGAGCGUCAACACUUACGCUCGCCGGAGAGGGAGAGGUGUCUCCAUUCUCAGUGGUAACGGCGCGGUGGCUAACGUCACUCUCCGGCAGCAGCCGGUGAUGACUCAUGGGAACAAUGGUGGAACUGAAGCCGGAGCGGGAGGGGUUGUGACUUUGCAUGGAAGGUUUGAGAUUCUUUCCAUCAAUGGUACGGUGCUUCCGCCGCCAGCACCGCCGGGAUGCGGUGGUUUGUCUAUCUUUGUUGCUGGUGAACAAGGACGGAUGAUCGGAGGAAACGUGAUGGCUCCGCUUGUGGCUUCUGGUCCAGUGAUACUGAUAGCUGCAUCGUUCUCUAACGCAACUUUUGAAACGCUUCCGCUCGAAGAUGAAGGAGGAGGUGGAGGUGGAGGUGAGGGAGAAGUCGGAGGAGGAGGUCCACCGCCGGUCACUUCCGAAAGGCCGCAUUCUGGAGCCGCUCAGGGAGAGCUAAGAGGUAAUAUGAGUGGUUAUGAUCAGUUUACCGGUGAUCCUCAUUUGCUUGGUUGGGGAACAGGAUCCGCUUCAAGACCAUCAUUUUAG